AGGAAGGUGCUGUAGGAUCCCUAGACAGCUCUUACCCCAUGUGUGUCCCUUGUCCCUUCUCUGAUACCAGCCCCUCAUUUCUUUCCUCCUCUAAUGGCCCCCAAUCUCUUGAUCUUUAUAGCCAUACACCUGAGAGGAAGAGUGGACUGGAUGCUGAUGAGGCUCAAACCCGUUUGGGUCGUCUCUACUUGUAUAGUUUCAAUGAGGACAACUCUGCUCACCCCCUGCUCGAGGUCCAAAGAAGAGAUACUUCUGCAAUCCUGGACAUGAAAUGGUGCCACAUCCUGGUGGCUGGCCAUGCCCUCUUGGGCGUGGCAGAUGCUGGUGGGUCCAUAGAACUCCUCCGCUUGGUGGAGUCUGAGAAUGCUUACACACUGCAGCCAGUUUCCAGCUUUGCCCUGGGGAAGCAGUGUCUGGCCCUGUCUCUGGAUUGGUCCACUGGGAGAACUGAAAGGGCCAGUGACCAGCCCUUGAAAAUCAUCGGCAGUGACUCCAAGGGGCAGCUCCACCUGCUAGAGGUGACGGAGGCGGGGCUGCAGGAGGUGGCCAUGUGGCCUGCCCAUCACUUUGAGGCCUGGAUCGCUGCUUUUGAUUACUGGCGGACGGAAAUCGUGUAUUCAGGUGGGGACGACGGCCUUCUGAAAGGCUGGGACACCAGGACGCCUGGCACGUGUGUGUUCACUAGCGAGAGACACUCCAUGGGCGUGUGCAGCGUGCGAAGUAGCCCCCACCAGGAGGACAUCUUGGCCACGGGAAGCUACGACGAGCACGUUCUGCUGUGGGACACUCGGAACAUGAAGGAGCCAUUCGCAGACAUGGCCGCGCAGGGCGGAGUGUGGAGGCUCAGGUGGCACCCUUUCCGCCACCACCUGCUCCUGGCGGCGUGUAUGCACGGCGGCUUUCAGAUCUUCAACUGCCAGAAGGCGAUAGAGGAGAAGCAGGAAGCCUACACGGUCUCUGUGUCUCACACGUUGUCCAACUCAUUGGUGUAUGGAGCUGACUGGUCCUGGCUCUACUCUGGCAGCCUGUCACAGAUCCACCAGCCGUGCUGCUUGGGGACUUUUCCCUGCAGCAACUCAGGAGCCAGAGCGGCACCUCUCUGUAGCCUGAAGUGUGGACACCAGUCACCAGCAGCCUCUUGUCAUCAUUCAGCAGAGGACAAGGAAGAGGGUCCUUCCAGACUUCAGAGUGGCAGCAAACGGAGGACUCCUCUCCAGCCACUCGCAGAGGACACGACGAAGAGUGGGAGCUGGCCGCACACUGCAGGGACCAAGGUCUGUGACUGUGACCUCUGUCUGGAAGCAGCGACCUUGAACACUGACCUCCUAGCUACUUGCUCCUUUUAUGAUCAUGUUCUUCACCUCUGGAAGUGGGAGAGCAGCUGAGCUAGGGAAGUUUGGUUGAUUUGAGGUCAUAAAGGCCAUUUCCACAAAUA